CCUAAAUGCAUUUAGUGUAUCUAAAAUCACGAACCCUAUGUUUUCCUUUAAAUCAAAUGGUUUUAUACCAAAUUAUGUUUUUGUCAUAUUCAAUUUUUUUUAGAAUUGCAUAUGCCCACACUGUGCAGAUGGAUUUAUAGAAGAGCUUCAAGACACUGACGAUCAACAAUCGAGGGCAAGAGAUUUCUCAUCUAAUAGUACAUGGGACGAUGAAGAUAUGGAAGAAUUAUUGCUUGCUGAUCGUUUAAUGGACAAUAGAACUGAGAAUGGAGGUCCUUCAGAAGGAAGAGGCUCGUUUCAUCCACUAUCUGCUAAUCUACGACAUUCUUUGCCCAUAGAGCAUCUAGUACAUGAUUUUAUUAUAAAUUUGGGUGUGGGGGUGAAUUGGGGUGGACAAGGCAAUGUGCAGUUUUUUCUAGGCAAUCCAGGAGAUUAUGCAUGGGGCAGAGAAGGCCUCGAUGCGAUAGUCACUCAGUUAUUGAAUCAAAUGGAUAGUACAGGCCCUCCACCAUUGUCAAAGGCUGUUAUAGAUGCUCUGCAAGUUGUUGAAGUGACCGAUGAACAAGUUGGACAAAAUAUGCAGUGCUCUGUAUGCUGGGAGCAUUUUCAAUUAAAGGAACAAGUUAGACAAUUGCCAUGCACUCAUAUAUACCACGAGAACUGCAUAAGACCUUGGUUGGAGCUUCAUGGAACUUGCCCGAUAUGCAGGCAAAACUUGGGUGGCGAUGGAGAGGGAUCUAGUCAGAAUGAAUUCAACCAAGCCAGAGAAGAUAUUGCAAACAUUGAUGCUAGAGGACAAGUUGCCAGCGUACAAAACGUACUCAGAUCGUUGUUCGGAUCGCCCUCGGCCGCGCCCUCUAGUAGCAACCAAAUGGACCAAUCCGGUUCGAGCAGUAGUAGAACGCAAAACGGUGAUUCAACGAUGUAGCUUAGAUUUUAGGAUAUUACGGUGAUGCAUAUGAGGUAUAUAUUUAUCGAUAAUCGAAUACAAAAGUGACACCUAUCUGUUUUCUAUUUUUUCCCUAAGAAUUGUUUUCUUUAAGGCUUUAAUUAAGAUAUUUAACCGUGUAACAAAAUAAUAUCACACGAUAAAAAUAAACUUUAUUUAUCUUGUU